UCUUGCUUCCUCAUAUAUGCUGGGCACUGGACUGCUUGUUCCCUGGCUCAUGGCCUGGGGAACAGACAAGGCUUCAUUCUCUUAACUUUCUCCAUCCCCCUCCUGGGUAGGCACUGGUGAAUAAGGGGGUGAGGACAGAGAAACUCAGUUCCUUCCUGACCCUGGACUCCCACACUUUGUUGGUACCUCUGUCCUGCCUACCCCACCUGUUGUGACUCUCCUUCACCAGACCAGGCUUAAUCUCCAACAUCAAGCACAGUAACCAGCACAUGGUAAAAGCAAUUGUACCAGAAAUGAGGGCAAGGCCAUUUCCUGCCUCUGGGGCCCUGGUGGCAGAGCUCCACGAGGUGGGAGGGGGCAGUCCACAACAGACUCCGAGGUCCUGACAGGGUAGUCACUCCACCAUGUUGUCCCGCCUCUUUUGGCGUGGCCUUGUCAGAACACCAGUCCUGCAGAGGGGCGUGGCCAGGGGCGGAGACUUCUUGCCCCGCCCACUGGGGGGAGUCACGUAGCUCUGCGGCAUCCUCAGCCUCAUUUACAGGAGCCAGGGCUGAAGCCGCAGCUGUUACAGACCUGAACCCAAGCUGUUCCUGUGCUGCCGCUGCUAACUCACUGCGCACAGAAAAAGGAGUUGUCUGACAUUGCCCUCCGGAUUGUGGCCCCAGGCAAAGGCAUUCUGGCUGCAGAUGAGUCUGUAGGCAGCAUGGCCAAACGGCUGAGCCAAAUUGGGGUGGAGAACACAGAGGAGAACCGCCGUUUGUACCGUCAGGUCCUGUUCACUGCUGAUGACCGUGUGAAGAAGUGUAUUGGAGGUGUCAUCUUCUUCCAUGAGACACUCUAUCAGAAAGAUGAUAAUGGUGUUCCCUUUGUCCGUACCAUCCAGGAUAAAGGCAUUGUCGUUGGCAUCAAGGUUGACAAGGGUGUAGUGCCUCUAGCCGGGACUGAUGGAGAAACCACCACUCAAGGGCUGGAUGGGCUCUCAGAACGCUGUGCCCAGUAUAAGAAGGAUGGCGCUGACUUCGCCAAGUGGCGCUGUGUGUUGAAAAUCAGCGAGCGCACGCCCUCAGCACUUGCCAUUCUGGAGAAUGCCAAUGUGCUGGCCCGCUAUGCCAGCAUCUGCCAGCAGAAUGGCAUUGUACCUAUUGUGGAACCUGAAAUCCUGCCUGAUGGAGACCAUGACCUCAAACGUUGCCAGUAUGUUACGGAGAAGGUCCUGGCUGCUGUGUACAAGGCCCUGAGUGACCAUCAUGUGUACCUGGAGGGGACUCUGCUCAAGCCCAACAUGGUGACUCCUGGCCAUGCCUGUCCCAUUAAGUAUAGUCCAGAAGAGGUUGCCAUGGCAACUGUCACUGCCCUGCGUCGCACUGUGCCCCCAGCUGUCCCAGGAGUGACCUUCUUGUCUGGGGGUCAGAGUGAAGAAGAGGCAUCACUCAACCUUAAUGCUAUCAACCGUUGCCCCCUUCCCCGACCCUGGGCCCUCACCUUCUCCUAUGGGCGUGCCCUGCAGGCCUCUGCACUCAAUGCCUGGCGAGGGCAGCGGGACAAUGCUGAGGCUGCCACUGAGGAGUUCAUCAAGCGGGCUGAGGUGAAUGGGCUUGCAGCCCAGGGCAAGUAUGAAGGCAGUGGAGAAGAUGGUGGGGCGGCGGCACAAUCCCUCUACGUUGCCAACCAUGCCUACUGAGUACCCACUCCGUACCAGAGCCCUUGGCCCAGCCACCUGCACCCAAUUUUGCCUGUAGUUAUGGCCAGGGCCAAAUAGCCAUGCAGAGCAAACAAGCGUCCAUCCAGCACUGAGUCACCUUCCUUUUUUGUCCUCCCCUCCCCUCUCCCAUUGUUGUACCUGGGACCUUUGGAUAGGAGGAUAGAAAGCCCCUCAUGGCUGAGGGCUGGAGAACUUGCUAGAAGUCAGAGCAGGAUGCCUAGGUCUCCACUGCCUCUGCCAGCUCCCACAAUUUCUCCAUGAUGGGGUAGCUGCUUCUUGGGCUUUCCUUGUCUGCUCUCUCUCUUAGGAUUAGAGGGUAGAACACAAGACACCUGACUUAUGCCUUAGGUACAUAGCAAAUAGCAAAUAAAUGGUAGCAAAACAC